UCCCGACUUUAACGCGCCCCUGUAGCAUACUGAUGAGCUUGUACUUCUCAUCUCUGUAUGUAUAUCCCGUAUUCUGUGCUGGCGUGGCCAUAGCGAUGAAUCUUACACGUUCGGAGCUACGUCACGGAUAUAGUUAAUGUUCAGGUCAUUAAAUGAUUGCAUAUAAAUGUUCUGGAGGAUCUACAUAAGCGCUGUUAAAUAGCCUUCGCUCAACGUUGGUUAUUCCCCACAACACGAAGGGAAUUACAAGUGUCAUCAUGGUUGGUUGGCUACUAGCAUCCGCUGCUGCGGUGUGCAUUAGCACGACAUACGCCCAGCCAUCGCCAAAAGUUCAAGCACGUAUCAGUGCUGCUAUAGCAGCUGCUCAGGCAUCUAACUCCACGAAGAUCGACUACACUGCUUUCGUGAAUCCUUUCAUCGGAACUGAUCACACCUAUUAUGGAGAUGUUUGUCCAGGAGCGUCGGUCAAAUUCGCUACCGACUUCACAGGUUACGCGCCAGCGGGAUACAACUCGGAUCCGUCGCAGAAAGCUCGCGGAAUAAGUCCCCUGCAUGACAGCGGCACGGGGUCAUCCCUCGGGACGUAUGGUAACUUCGAGGUCAUGCCCCUCCUUUGUCCUUCAGGAUUCCACACGUGCACGACCACGCUGGAGGCGCGUGAGAGGUACAGGAAGAACGAUAGUGAUGACGCCUCCCCAGGCUACUUUUCGCUGACUUUAGAUAAUGAUAUCAAGAUAGAAGCUACAUCGACGCGUCGUGCUGGGUUAGAACGUUUCACAUUCCCGAAGGGCUCAAAACCGUACUUUGUGCUCGACCUAGCCAAUGACUUGCCGGCAUCAUUUGCGGGCGGGUCCCUCCAUAUCGAUCCAGUACAGGGUCGUAUCACACUCGGCGGCCACUAUGGCUCCAGCUUCGGUCCCGGCUCGCACCACUACCGAGUAUUUGCUUGUUAUGAUCUCUUGAACGGCGGAACUCAAAAGCUGAGCGAAUAUGGCAUCUGGACGGGUGAUAAGUUCGGCCUCGACGCAAAGGGACUCGGUCAGACCCACCUCAAUCUCUCUAAGAACUUGAUAGGCGGUACACCCUACCAAUCAGGUGCACUCUUCUCAUAUGAGGGUAACCCAGAGGAAGUGAUCCUUCGUGUUGGUAUUUCAUUCGUAUCGACAAACCAGGCCUGUGCCAACGCCGAGGAGGAAAUUGGCAAAAGUUCCUUCAAUGAAACCCUGAAGGCGUCCAAAGCUCUUUGGCAGGAGAAGCUCAGCAAGAUCGAGGUUGAUGUUGUACACACGCCCCAUAAUGUGACGGAGAUGCUGUAUUCUUCGCUGUACCGAGCGUCAUUAACUCCUAAUAAUGCUACUUUAGAAACUCAGGGCGCAUUUGCGAACACGACAUCAUUCUACUUUGACUCUCUUUACUGUAGCUGGGACACGUUCCGAACAUUUUACCCCCUCAUGACUCUUCACUCCCCGGUUGAAUUCGCACAAAUCGUGGACAACUACAUCGAUGGCUGGCGUAAACUCGGCUGGAUGCCGGAAUGCCGCGCGAAUAACCUUCCUGGGUGGACACAGGGCGGAUCAAGCGGCGACAACAUCGUUGCACAGUUUGCGGUGAACUACCACAAUGAGGCGCGAGCGCUGGGAAUUGACCUCAACGAGCUGUAUGCCGCGCUCGUCACGGACGGGCAGGUGAAUCCGCCCGAAUGGAAUACAUUGGGCAGGCAGGUGAAUGUUUACAAGCAAUUUUCUUACGUACCUUUUGCUGUUCUAGACACUGGGAGCACCGGUAGACAGACCAGAGAGGGAAGUAGAACUCUCGAGUAUGCAUUUGAGGACUUCGGUAUUCGCCAAGUGGCACAAGUGCUUGGCAAAACGGACGACGUUGCAUACUACACUAACCGAUCAUAUUGGUACCGCAAUGUCUGGGAUGCAACUGUAAAGAGUGAUGGGUACCAAGGGUUCAUGCAGAAGAGAUUACCCAAUGGAACCUUCUAUAACACCGACCCUGUCAACUGCUCGCCGAAGGACACCAGGAACAAUCCAGAGUGCUCGCUUCAGGAGGAUAAUCAGAGCGGGUUCUAUGAAUCAUCGUCGUGGGAGUAUAGCUGGUAUGCACCGCAUGAUACGGGGUACUUGGUUGAGCUCAUGGGAGGAAAUACAACGUUCACGAAUCGACUCGAUCAUUUCUUUGAGGCAGGAUAUUACCAGGCAGGCAACGAGCCUUCUUUCCAGACACCCAUCGGAUACCACUAUGUGAACCAACCUUGGCGCUCUGUUGAUCGUGUCCGUGAUGUUGUCAUGAAUAACUUUAACAUUGAAACCGCAGGUCUUCCUGGAAACGACGAUCAGGCUGCAAUGGCAACACUCCUCAGCUUCCAUCUCUUAGGAUUGUACCCAGUUCCUUCAACGACGCACUACCUUAUUGUCUCUCCCUUUACGCCAAAAUAUACCAUCCACAACAGCUACCUCAACACUAGCACUACGGUAACUGUUACCAACUACUCUCCUGCGUCUGUGGCGCACCCGAUACCCAAUGGUGUGCCUGCGUACGUGAAAAACGUAACGAUCAAUGGAAGGCCUGCGAAAAGUAGAUGUUACAUUGAUUUCUAUGAUACAUUUAGAGUAGGUGGGGAGAUUGAAAUAGUUGUCACGGAGGACAAAACGUAUGAUUGUGGUGGACCUGUACCAGAAAGUCUGUCGAUGGGAGGAUUUGCUAGGGCACGGUGACAACUUGAAGAUAGAAUUAGAUUUGUCCUUGUUUGGCCACAUGGGUCCGUGCAAUAAUUGAUAUUGAAGCCUCGAGUCGCGAUCUCCAUCACAAAUCAACCGGGCUGCAAAGUCCACUUUUAGAUGUAGAUCACUGAACAGAGCCUGGGGCAUAUCUCAUUCAGCUACCAAUGUUUCUUCGCAACGAACCAAUGACUCAGCCGUGCUGCGGUAUAUUUCGGCUCUCCCCAUUGCCACAGACAACCGCCCAGGCAGUCAUCUCGGGUAUUCUACUUGACAAUAGUGUCGCGUGGUUCGACGGACAACAGCGUUGACACCCUCCACAAACUUCAAAGCUGCGCGAGAUCACUUUUGCGAUCAAAUGUCCUGAUAGAAA